GCAGGUUUCUCGCGUCAGACUUGAACGCCAGUCGGCAGUUUGGCAACGGAACGCUCCUCGCGGCCGCAAUAAUGUCGCGCGCCGUGCUUUUUAUUAGUGUUUUUACCAUAUUUUUGGACGUCCUCCAUGCUGGCCAGGUGAGUGAGCUGAGCGGGGGCAACCCUUCGACUACCGCCCGCACACAGGCAAGCAGCGGGGCGGAGCCGCAAGUGGCGGUCCUCUGCGAGGCCGGCUCAACGUACCACCCGCAAUACAUGUCAGCCGCUGGCCGGUGGACGCCCGACCUCACCACCAAACCUCACAACUGCUUGAAGGACAAGAUGGAGAUUCUCGACUACUGCAAGAAGGUGUACCCAAGCCACGACAUCACGAACAUCGUGGAGGCGUCCCACUAUGUCAAGGUCAGCAACUGGUGCAAGCUCGGCUCCGGAAACGCCGCCAAGUGCAAGGUCACCAGAUGGGUCAAGCCUUUCCGCUGUCUUGAAGGUCCAUUCCAAUCGGAUGCUCUGCUGGUGCCCGAGAGCUGUCUCUUCGACCACAUCCACAACCAGAGCCGCUGCUGGCAGUUCGCUCGCUGGAACGCCACCGCCGGCAGAGCUUGCGCCCAGCGCGGUCUUCGGCUGAGGACCUUCGCUAUGCUCCUGCCUUGUGGGAUCAGCCUGUUCUCUGGAGUCGAGUUUGUGUGCUGCCCUAAGCACUUCAAGGAAAACGUGAAAAUGCACAAGCCCAUGGAUGUCGGUGUGCCUGUGAGCCCAGGCGGUGAGGAGAUGCUGGCGGCCUCAGCCGCUAUGGAUGAGAGAGACGAUGACCUUUUGGACGAUGAUGACGCGCUUGAUGAUGACGACGAUGAUGACACCCUGAACUUGAGCGAUGAUGAUGACGACGAUGCCGAUGAUGACAUGGAUGAAGAUGAAGAUGCAGACCUCUCCAGAGACGAUGACAACGAGGACGACGAUUACACAGACGGUGACGACAACGCAUGGCCCCGGCCCGAGUCCUCAUCUGCACCUUCCACCACCCCCACUACUACCACUACCACCACCACCACCACGGCUUCUACGGCUACUUCUGACCCGUACUUCUCGCAUUUCGAUCCUCGUACCGAGCACCAGAGCUACAAGGACGCUCAACAGCGCCUGGAGGAGACCCAUCGCGAGAAGAUCACUAAAGUGAUGAAGGAGUGGUCCGAGCUUGAGGAGCGGUAUCAGCAGAUGAUGACUUCGGACCCCAGCUCCGCGCAGACCUUCCGGCAACGCAUGACUGCCAAGUUCCAGGCUAAUGUCCAGGCUCUUGAGGAGGAAGGCGUGGCCGAACGCCGCAGGCUUGCUGCCCUACACCAGCAGCGUGUGCUUGCGCACCUUGCUCAGCGCCGCCGCACCGCGCUCGCUUGCUACACUCGCUCACUGCGGGACACGCCACCUAAUGCCCACCGCGUCCAGAAGUGCUUGCAGCGCCUCGUGCGCGCGCUGGCCGCCGAGCGCCACGGGGCGCUGGCCGCCUGGCGCCGCGCCGCCGCCGCCGGCCGCGAGGCCGCCGCCGCCGAGCGCGCCGGCGCCGCCGACAGGCUGCAGGACGCUGAUCGAGCCCUCCAACGCGCGUUGUCAUCCCUCCGACGUCGCCCGCAUCUGUACAACAAUAUUGGCACUGCUAUUGAGGACUACGUUCAGUCCAUGCAAUCCAAAGACGACAUGGCCGUAUCUCUAAUGUCAAUGACCCCGGAGGCCGAAGAACUGCUGCUGGACCGCAUCGAGGCCGAAGUUCAGAGGGAGCAAGCCGCCAGGGAACAGCUGAGCGCUAAAAGAGACCAGCGCACACGCCAGCGACAAGAUAUCCAGGAGGAAAGGGCUAGGACCUCCAACGGCGUGAAAGAGACCGAAGAAACCGAUGACGAGGCCAGCGAAGCUUCUGAAGCCGAGGAGACAACCCUGGCACCCAGCACGCAGGCGCCGCUCUCCUCUUCCCCCGCGCCGCCCGCGUCCUCGUCCGUGCACGACCUCACCACCCGGGCUGCCUACACACAGGAGACCACCACUACUGAAAUCAUUACCAGUACGGUUACUGAGGUUCCCGAGGUCGAGACUGGCGAGACCGACAUUGUGGGCGAGACAUCAAGCCGACGAUCCACUAGUGAGACGGAAGGCGAAGGACUGCGGGCAGCAUUGGAGCAAGCGGAGGAGCACGCGCCACCGCCACAGGCGCACGCCCUCAAACACGAGGUGUCGCACUCUCAGCCUGGCUACACGAUCCGCAGCUCGGGCAACGGCGGCAGCGGCGCGCUGUACCCGGCGCUGUGCGUGGGCGGCGCCGCGCUGGCGGCCGCGGCGGCCGUGGCGCUGGCCGUGGCGCGCCGCCGCGACCGGCAAGCCCCGCAGGGCUUCGUGCAGGUGGAGCAGACCGGUGCCGUGGCCCCGACCCCCGAGGAGCGGCACGUGGCCAACAUGCAGAUCAACGGCUACGAGAACCCCACCUACAAGUACUUUGAGGUCAAGGAGUAAGCUGCUCGCGCUCCUCCCGCCCGGCUCGCACCGUCUCGAGGAUAGCUUAUACGUGUUAGCCCGUGCCAUGUUUACAAUCCGACCACUCGAUAUCAUCUGUCAGACUACUACUAGAUUGUCAUUUGUUUCUGCCUAGC